CACCACGAGUACAGUACACCGCAAAACACCUACAAGAAUAGCCUACAACUCAUAUGCACACCGAGAUGGCUACCGAGUUAAAGUACCUGUCGGGCUUUGGAAAUGAGUUUGCCACAGAAGACAGCAGAUGUCCAGGCUCCUUGCCUGAAGGCCAGAACAAUCCACAAAAAUGUCCUUAUGGCUUGUAUGCUGAGCAGCUCUCAGGGGCAGCUUUUACAGCACCAAGACAAGAAAAUCAGAGAACAUGGUUUUACCGUAUUCGCCCCUCUGUCAUUCACAAACCUUUCACCAAAAUUGAUAGAGGCAAUGUUACCCACGACUGGGAUUCAGUAGAACCAAACCCUAAUCAGUUAAGAUGGAAACCUUUUGAUUUUCCCACCCAGAAAAAAGAUUUUGUUGAGGGUUUGUCCACCAUCUGCGGAGCUGGUGACCCUAAAGCUCGAAGUGGUAUCGCCAUUUACAUAUACACAUGUAAUCAACCCAUGGACAACAAAUGUCUCUACAACUCAGAUGGGGACUUUUUGAUUGUACCACAGGAAGGAGCCCUUCACAUCACAACUGAAAUGGGGAAAAUGAAUGUCAAUCCUAAUGAAAUCUGUGUUAUACAGCGAGGUAUUCGAUUUAGCAUUGAUGUGAAAGGGAAUGCAAGAGGAUAUGUCCUUGAAGUUUUUUCUGACCAUUUUCAACUACCCAAUCUCGGGCCUAUAGGAGCAAACGGACUUGCAAAUCCUCGUGAUUUUCUCACCCCUGUUGCAUGGUAUGAGGAUAGGGAGGUGAAAGAAUUUACAGUUGUUUCUAAAUAUCAUGGAUAUCUAUUUUCUGCUACCCAGGGGCACUCACCUUUUGAUGUAGUAGCUUGGCAUGGGAAUUAUGCCCCUUACAAGUACGACUUGAGCAAAUUUAUGGUCAUUAACUGUGUUGCAUAUGACCAUGCCGAUCCUUCUAUCUUCACUGUUCUCACUUGCCCUUCACUGAAGCCGGGAGUAGCCGUGGCUGAUUUUGUCAUAUUCCCUCCUCGCUGGUCAGUUCAAGAGCACACCUUCAGGCCACCCUAUUACCACAGAAACUGUAUGAGUGAGUUUAUGGGACUUGUGUAUGGGAAUUAUGAGGCAAAGGAAGAAGGCUUUCAGCCAGGUGGCGCUAGCUUACAUAGCAUGAUGACCCCACAUGGCCCUGACUUUGAAUGCUUUGAGAAAGCUACUACGGCAGAACUUCAACCCCAGAAGAUUGCUGUUGGUACUAUGGCUUUCAUGUUUGAGUCAUCAUUUAGCAUGGCUGUGACUGAAUGGGCCAACAAGAAUAAACUGGACGCUGACUACUACCAGUGCUGGCAGCCCCUGAAAAAACAUUUUCAUUUCCCUCAAGCUAAAGAAACAUCAAACAAAAGAAAAAAAUAAGGCAGUGUUGAAAACUACAGCUACUUGUGGAUUCCCAUGGUCCAGGUGUUGUUCAGGUUUUUAUGACAUGCCAUUUUGUAAAAAACAUUCCACUUUUAGCAAUGGUUAAAUCUAUAUGCUAUUGUUAGGUCUCUAUAGUUGUUGGAUCCUUUUAUCUUUUGUUUUCCUAUACAUCCCUUGAUGGUUUGUGAUGUCAUUGUUGAAGAUGUAUUUGAUUUGAUAUAUUUCUGUUAUGGCUGCAGCCAAACUGUAAAAAAUGGUUUCCUUGUUACAAAAAAGUAUUCAUGUUGCAUUCCAUUUUUAUCAUACUGUUGAUUCUGCUUUAUACCAGAUAAAUUAUGAAAAUGCAAAUUGUAAUGCUCAGUGGCUUAAUGAGGUUCCCUGCUAAUCCCUUGUUAUGCUCAUGUUCUCUAACUUUAUGCCCUGCUGGGCCACAUCUGUUGCCACUGGUAUACUUUACAACAUCCACUCACACUGUGAUCCAAAUGCGUUGUAGAGUAACUUGAUUAUGUAUAGUAUUAUCACUGCAUUAGUAUUUUAUACUAGGUUGUGAAUUUCAUUUUAUAUUUUAGUAGUAUAAAAUAUUUUCAGAUCCUUAAAAGCCACAACAGUUUUAGUGCUUUAAGAUGGCAUUUAAAUUUAUUACUGAAUUUUUUUUAUGUAUGAGACAAUGAGCAUUUAUUUUUCAUCUGCUUUUUGUACUAAAGAGAUUUGAUUGUUUUUAUCUCAAGUUGAGUUCAUAAGCAGCAUCGCUCUCUUACCCUUGAUUGUUGAACUGUUUCUGUCUGGCAGCUUUUAGUCUGUAGAUCUGCUUACAACAGAUUUACCUUUUUAGAAAUCUUAAAGUGCAUUGAUUAAUCUAAAUAAUAGUACCCAACAUUGUUUUAACUCUUGUUCCAUGUGUUGAUGCCUUUGGCCACUGUUUGUUUAUAAAUUUGAUAUACAGCAACUACAUCUUAUGGGAAAAAAGAUCUUUACAGCUUUUGUUUAUAAACUUUAUUGUUGAAGAUUUUUAUAUAUCUUUUUGAUUGCUAACAGAUGUUAAUAUUUUCUUGAGGAGACAUAAUAUAUAUUUAUACC